AUGGCCUUCACGCAACAGCCCGCUACUCAGCAGACUGUCCCACAACCUUCCAAAAAUGCUGACCUGUUUCUACAGGUCUUUAACAGACUAUGUGCCCAACUCUGGGCAAAGCUGAGUGCUUGCGUUAUCAACGUACCUCAAGGUAGAGAUCCGAUCUGCAGGCUGACGCACCGUGACAGGGUUUUAGCUAUCGGGGAGAUGGAGUCACAAGCGACUGCUACGGCCGAAGCUGGGUGGAGAAGCAGAGAAAGCGGGGGCCACAGCUGA